UCUGAGCCGUUGUUCGCGCUGUUGGCCGCUGGGUGGCAGCAGCAGCAGCAGCAGCAGACCAUGUUCGCCUAAACGCAUCAGAAGACGAAGAAGACGGUGUUUACGUCUGUUUUAUUUUAUCCUUUGCGUCGUUUUUCUGGAUCCACUUUCGCAGUCUCGUGGCCAUCUCUUCUUGGCCUCUCUCUUCUUUAGCAGAGAUUGAGUUAAAGAUGAACAACCCAGUCUACUUUACCAGAGCCAAAGAAGAGGAGAAGCGCUGGAUAGAGAGAAAGAGAGAAGACAGACGGACAAUUAAUGGAGAGGAGGCCAGAGACUUUUACCAAAGCCUGCUGCAAGAGACCGAUGGAGAAAAGCCAAAAGAAGCAGCAGCAGCCGCGAGGAGAGCGAGACGAGGAGCAGGACCCAAACGAAGAAGAAGAGAAGCUGCUCGUGCCGAAGCGGUCAGCAGCUCCGAGCGAGACGGACACAGACUCCUCCGAUGCGCUCAGGAGGGAGACAUUCAGGCCCUGAAGGAGCUCCUGCGGCGAGGCUGUGACGUCAACUUCCGUGAUGAUUUCUACUGGACGGGUGUGAUGUGUGCGAGUAAAGCAGGACAGACGGAGGCUGUUCGGUUGCUCCUGCGUCACGGAGCUGCUUGGGUGGGAGUGGUGGACAAACAGGGCAGAGAUGCCCGGGAUCUGGCCCUGCAGGCUGGUCACCAGGAUGUAGUGAGAGAACUGGAGCAGUUUGUGAUCUCUGACACGCCAAACAUACCUACUACAAACCAUGCACAGAGUGCUGGUUCUCAGUGGUGUGAUGUGUGUGCCGUGCAUUACACAGACAGCACUGAAACACACUCCAGAUCCACGCUGCAUCAGUUCAGUAAGCUCCGCCCCCCGGCCACGCCUCAAUACUGCCUGCCCUCCUCCAGCACCAGCUAUAAAAUGAUGCUCCGCUUGGGCUGGAACCCCUCCUCUGGUCUGGGCCCCGCCCACUCGGGCCGCAAAAACCCAGUCAGCACGAUACUAAAGAGAGAUCAGGCGGGCCUGGGAUACGGAGAGCCCCCGCAGCCCAAAGUCACACACUUCCAGGCCAGAGAUCCUCAGGCAGUGCAACACAUGCAUAAAGAGAAAAGACUGAGACAGGAGAAAGGAACGACGCUCAGCGCUAAAGAACUUAAGAGGAAAGAAGAGCGAGACCAGAAAUGGGAAAGAGACUACCGUGCUUCAUUUAACUUUGACUUCUGAUCUGAUGUGCUUUAGUGCAGAGACUUUUCAUUUUUCAGUACAAUUCAUUUGAAAUGCGUUGCUUUGACAGUAACACAUUUUAUCAUCAAGUCAUUAAAGACUGCUGGAACAGUAUGAAAGUAGACAUUUUAUAUGGAAGACAAAACAACUGUAAACAGGGACUGGAUGAAACAUUAUUUAAAAAAAAAAAAAAAAAAAGCUGUCAGUGGGUUGUGAUUAUAUAAUUAGAUUAGAAAACAUGAUUAAAUUCUGUUUUUUGUUUUUUUUGUGUCAUUUAAUGUCAUCAGUCUCAAUUUUUCAU